ACCACCUCGUCCGAGUGCGAACUCUUCGCGCCGUCCGAGUUAGUUCCCCUGUCCUCGGCUAGGCUCGUCGCCCCGCCUAGGAACUCCCCUCGGCUUAGGCUCGUCGCCUUCGCCUUGGACCCCUCCUCGACCUGGCCCAACAGCCCGUCUAGGACUCCCCACUUGGCCCAGCUCGUCGCUGGCAACCAAGGACCUCUCCGCGCUCCCGAAUAGCAAGGCUCGUCGCCCUGCUAACGACCCUAGCAGGUACUCCUCACCCUGCUCACGACCCCGAGAUCCUCCUUUCCCCCCUGGUCGCGUCGCGACCACCAACCAUUAGGUUCACGAGGCAGCCCGGCCCCUGAAUCUAGGGUUCCGAGCCCACGAGCCCUAACAUUGGUGGACAUUCAGGGGACCGGUCCACUGCCCUGUGAACACCCUUGGUCCCUCUAGGUUCUCUCGGAAUUCCUUCAAAGUCGAAAUCCAUUCUCGAGUACUCUAUCUACCACUUUCUAUCCUAAUGCCUUCUCCCAGCUGGCUGGCCUGCUCCGAAUGGCGAGCACUAUCACCAAUUCGGGCCCCCGCGCCAGCUCACAGCUCGCGCGCCUACAGCGCCCAACCCUACGCCUCGGUGAUCGCGCCUCGAGGCUCUCAACCUCUCCCUCUCGCCACCUGCGGCCCAGGAUCUCCUGCUGCGCGGUCCGAGCCCAUUCGGAGACCCGUGGGAGUUCCAUCCCCGCGGGAGCGCCCAGACGCGUCGCGCGCUGAGUCGCUCGCUCAACGCGUCGACCUCGCUCCUCCUUCCAUCUCGCGCUUCAACUCCCCCGCUACCCUCCGACCCACUCUCGCGGACAGCCCGCAAGAUGAGUAUCGAGCCGCGCGAAGUAUUCACGCGCUCGGUACAAAUAGCUGCCCCGCCGCGGACGGCUCAAGGCCAGAGGUCGGACGACCGCACGCCCAUCCUCCGCGCGACGGCAAGACCGACGCGCCAAUACUUACGCCAAGGCCCAGGCAAGAGGCCCUAUCCUCGGCGCGGACGACCGACGAGCAGCUCACCUGCAAGCCCAACGACCAGGUCGUCCCAACGCGAGCAAGGCCGAGCGCACACGAAGCCCCACCGGCCCCGCGGUCAGCCGACGCGUCGCUCGCCCGGAGAAUCGACUCGCAAGACGCGUCGAUCCGCGCGUUAGGAUGCCCGGAGGACGCCCCGGCCCGUUCAAGCACAAACUACCGCGGAGGGACGAGGUGGGAGGUCGACAGAGAGGCAAGAAGAGUCAAGCCGACUCCUGUGAGUACUGCCGCUCGUCUCCCUCCACUGCCCUCUCCCUCUUCUGCGUGCCAUGCGCCUCCGGCUCCGUCCUCUCCGCUUCCAUCUAUCACGCCCGCGCCCUCUCUCCACGCCCAACCCUCCAUCUCGCGCCUUGGCUCUACCGCUAUCCGCCGACCCUCUCACGCGAGCGACCCUCAAGACGAAUAUCGAGCCGAGUGGAACGUCCGCUCGCUCGAUACCAGUGGUCGCCCAGCCAUCGUCAGCUCAAGGCCCGAGGUCGUGCAACCACACGCCCGACCUCUGCGCGAUAGCGAGUCCCACGCGCCGAGGUCCCGACAGGAGGUUCCGCCCUCGGCACGGACGAGCGGAGCGCAGCACGCCUGCAAGCCCGACGGUCAUGCCGUCCCGACGCGCGCGAGAGCAGCCACGCAGGACUUGCAGACGAACGGCGCGUCCCGCGCCUGCAAGACAGCCCCGCUAGACGCGUCGACGUGCCCGACCAGGCACCCAAGGGAUGCACGGACGAUCGCGCGGACGAGUCACCGCGAAGAGACGAGCAGAGAGGUCGAUGGACAGGGAUUAGGAGUCAGGCUGACUCCGGUGAGUACCACCGUCCAUCUACCACCAUCGCCCUCUCCCUCUUCAACGCGCUAUGCGCCCUCUACUUCGCCCUCUCCGCGUCCACCUUCCGCCCGCGCGCCCUCAUUCGAUGCACCUGCCUCCUCGCUCCACCCUCGUCCAUCCGCCGCCGCCCUUCCGCUGCUCCCUCCUGCAUUCGCCGCCCAUCCGUCACCGCCUUCCAUCUCCGGCUUUCCGUCGCGCGAGGAAAGUGCGGCUCUCGUCCGUGCGCAUCACGCCAGGGAGACGGCUGCGGCUGAACGGGCGGCGUUCGCACAAAGGUAUGGGAAGGACACCCCGUCCAUCCCUCUCCUCGGCAACCCAUCCUUCGACCUGGUGCCCUCACACUCGCUUGACGCGCCUGCGCCCUCCCGGCUCGACCUCUCGACCUCUAUCCAUACGCCUCCCGCGGGCAGCCUGCAACAUGAGUACCGAGCCGUGCGAACUCUUCGCUCGCUCGGUACAAGUGGUUGUCCCGCCGUCGACGGCUCAAGGCCAGAGGUCGAGCAACGACCCGUCCAAUCUCUGCACAACGGCAAGCUCAACGCGUCUACGCCUACGCCACGGCUUCGACAGGAAGCCCCGUCCACUGCGCGGACGAUCGACGCGCAACGCACCUACAAGUCCGACGAACAGGCCGCCCCUACGCGCGCAAGAGCGAGCACAGACAAGGCCCCGCAAGACUUGCAGAUUAACGCCCGCGCGCCGUCCGCUCGCAAGUCCGCCGAGCCGACUUCGCUAGAGCUGUUCGAGAUGGGCAUAGAGGCUGCGCGCCGAUCACUCGCGAGGACGAGCAGCUGCGAAGGACCAUCCAAGAGUCCACGCGGUACGACUCGGACGGAGAUUGAGCGAGGCAGAGGGGAGAAUCGAGUCGCAGAGACUCCGGUGAGCCGGUCUAUCCCUCUACUUUCUCCCUCUGCUCCUCUACACACACGUUACGCGCCCCCGUCCUCGUCCAACGCAUCCACGGCCUCUCAGACUCGCGCCUACUCGCUCGCACGUCCGCCAGCACCCUUCACGCGCGGUGGCCUCGCCUCGCCGAUCACUCCAAGCCCGGCUACGCCUCCUGGCCAUGUCCCCUCAUCCGCGUCUACGCUCUCACAGCACGCCCUCUCGACCUCUAGCAGUACCGCUCACACGGACGGUCGGCAAGACAAGUACCAGGCCGUGUGGAACGUCCGCGCGCCUGGUACCCACCCUGCCGUCUCCGUCCCGUCACUCGAGACCGAGCCAUUCUGUGAUGGCGAAGCUGUCCCGCCCACGCGUGCAUCAAAGUCCCGCAAGGAAGUGCCCUCAGCAGCGCGGACGGACGACCUACGACGCGCCUGCACGUCGGAUGUGCAAGCCCAGUCAACCCACGCCGAGACUUAUAGGGGAAGCGUCCCGCUCGGCCCUUCAGUGAACAGCCCCGAACAAUCGAGCGGGGGGCACCAGAGCUCGAACCAGAGGGAUGGCCAAGGAGAGGAACGGGUCGAAUCGACUCCGGUGAGCUUCGCUAUCCCUCGCCUCUCAUCCUCCUCUCCUCCCUCUCGUACUACGCCUCUCCGCUCGUCCGACACACCUCCACCCGACGCACCCUCGGCCUCGCCCGCCUUCAUCCGUCCACCGUCGCCCGACUCGCACGUCAAACGCUCAGCGACCUCUCUGUCGACAUCGACGCUCCACCCACCGGUCAUGCAACGAGCGGAGGGAACGUCCCUCCCUCGACGCAACCUCCGAACCGAUCCAUCGUCGCUCGACGCGUUACCACUCGCGUCCCCGUGUUCUCUCAGCUCCCUGGCUGCCGACUCGCGUUCGACCCCCGUGGGCAUCACUUCCGAGGACGAAGCCACGCCUAUCACUAGGACAAGCAGACUGGAAGACCUGAGUCGGGGGCACCUCAGCACGAGCGUACGAGGUCAGGAAGUCAGGAGAGAAGAGACACGAGUCGGGUCGACUCUGGUGAGCAUCCCCAUCCGUCUCCCUCCUCCUUCCUCGACUUCACACCCUCGCUCCGCGCCCUCUACUCCGCGCCCUCCACGCCCGCGUUCCGCACCGGUGCCCUCGAACUGCACGCGCCCGUUCGACGGGUCCACGCGCCCGUCCGUUCGCUCGUCCGGCACAUCCAUGUCCUUGACCGACUCGCCGGCGCAAUCCGUUGGCUUGCCUAGAACCCCGCCGCCCGACUCGCGAUCGACCUCAGUCGAUACCACCCGCAAGGACGAACUACAAGGAGAGUACCGGACCGUGUGGAAUGUCCGCGCGUCCGGUUACAACCUUGCAGCCUCGAACGACACGCCGUCUUUCUCGCGACUCGACCACUCUGCGACCUCCAAGGUCCUGCCCGUGGACGACUUGCUGAGCGAGUACCAGGCUGUGUGGACUCUUCGCGCGCCUGGUACAGCAGCCAGCUUGAUGCUCGAGGUCGAGCAACCCCAUGGUAGCGAAGCCGGCACGCCGACGCGUACACCAAGGCUCCCGACGCGUGCAAGGGCAAGCGAAGACGAUAUGCCCACGCAUCCGUCCAUUCCACACUCGCGCUCCGCACUUCUGCCCUCGAACUGCACGCCCCUGUUCGACGCGUCCACGCACUCGUCCCCUCGCUCGUCCGACACAUCCGCGUCCUCGGCCUCACCCGUCUCCCUCAGUCCACCAUCGCCCGAGUCACGCCCGAGUCACUCGACCUCGACCGGAUCUAUUCGCGCGGACGGCUUACAGGGCGAAUACCGGACCGCGUGGAACCUCCGCGCGUCCAGUAACGACCUCGCGGCUUCAGACGCAGUUGUCAACACAGCAGCUAAGUCGUCACCAGCCGAAGAUGAGCAAGUGGCAUCGUUUCGCGCAGAGACACUCGAGGACGGGGCCUCGCCUGUCACUAAGGCAAGCCGACAAGAAAGCUUGAGUGGGGGGCACCUUCAAGUUGGCACGAGCGAGCGAGGUCAGGAAGUCCGGAAAGAAGAGACACGAGUCGAAUCGACUCUGGUAAGCACUACCGUCCCUUGCCGUUCCUCUUCUCCAUCCUCGCCCAAUACGCCUUCAUCCUCGAAUGCACCUCGCCUCCACCCCCCGUUCGCCGCGUCUCAUCCUCCACUCCUUCGCGUGGAACUUGCGUCCCCGUCCCUCGCAUCUGCGCCACUCGAACAUUCAGUCUCGCCGCCUCUCAGUGCGCCGCCACCCGACUCACGUUCGACCCUCGAGAGCGCCACUUCCGAGGACGACCCACAAGGAGAACACUGGGCCGUGUGGAACGUCCGCGCGCCCAGUAAACUCCCCGUCCUCGCCGUCCCCACGUUCGAGGUCGAACGAACACAUGCCCGCCUUCGGAGCGAUCGCGAGACUGACGCGUUGACUCGCACGUCCAGGCGCUCCGAUGAAGUCCCACGUAACCCGAAGACGAGCCAGCCCGGACUCGCAAGUGGGGGGCCACCAAGCGUUACAGGUGUGAAUGCAGACAGAGGGGGUAGGGGAGUCGGGAACACCCGACCUCCGUCCUGGUCUGACAUGCCUGCGUUCCCACCCGCAUCUCCAUCGCUACCUUUGCACUCAGGUCACCGGUCCGCCCUCGGAGUCAAUCACACGGAAGACCCGCAAGACGAGCACUGGGCCGUGCGGAACCGCCGCACGCCUGGUAGUGACUCCGCUGUCGUCGGGCCAUCGCUCGAAGUCGAGCAUCCUCGGAGCAAUAUCGAGGCUUCGAUUGCCGCGCCGACGGGCAACACAUUGCAUGCUCGCAAUAACGCCCCACAAGUCACGACGACCUGCGCAAGGGCAGGCGAAGCUCCAAGCCCUACCGGCACGAGCAACAAAGUGCAAACAUCCAGGGAGUGGGUGGAUGUCAGUCGGCCGAGCAGGGAUAUCAAUGAGGGACAAAGGCGAAGAAUAGCAGAGAUUGCGAGUACUCCAAUCGAACAACCGUCGCCGUCUCCCUCUCCCUGCUCGCGUCCGACGCACCCGUCUGUUUCCGACACGUCCACGUCCUCACUGAGCGAGUACUGGGCUGCGUGGAGUCGCCGCGCGCCCGGUACAGCAACCGGCUCAACAAGUAAAGUUGAACAGCCCACCGUCCAAGGAGCGACAGCACACGCAGGCACCAAAGAGGAGGACCCCUCUUCCAUUGCGAGGACGAUCAGACGAGAAGGGUCACGAAAGGAAGUAUCAGGAGCAAGACCACUGGACUACGAGGUCAACGAGCAGGAGACACGAGUCGUGACGACCGCUUCUGCUGCGUUACAGCCCUCCCGCUGCAUGCCCUCGUCUUCCGGGAGCAGCGGUCGACCCCUUCGACCCUGCUCUCCACUCUCGCGGGCUGCGCACGCGUCCUCUCUCGAGCGCCCGAUGCUCUCACCUACACCGCCGUGUGGCUCGUCCCCGCCCUCUCCUUCCAUCUCGGUGUCCGUCUCACGUCUUGGUCGCCUCGCUACCCAUGGAACCUCUCCCGCGGACGACCCUUCGGACGAAGACUGGACCGUGAGGAAUGUCCGCACGUCCAGUACUCGCUCCGCACUUCCGUCCUCGUCUGUGCUUCAGCCCGACGCAUCCACGUCCCUGCCGUGUACCAUCUCGCCCGCGCCGCGACCGUCACGCCGCUCCACCUCUUCCAGUACGCCAUCAUCUCCCUCGCACGUGGGUCACUCGGCGACCUCAAAGGUCUUGUGCACGAACAUCCCGCUGAGUGAUUACUGGGCUGCGUGGACUCGCCGCGCGCCUGGUACAACCGCCAACUCAGAGCGCGAAGCCGAGUGCCCCAAGAGCGAAGUCGAGGCUACACCGGCUGCGCAGAUGAAUGGCGUGUCGCACGUCGCCGAGACCGUCCCACAAGUCACGCUGACGUGCGCAGAAGCACACAAGGACGUCUCGUUAAGCGAGUACUGGGCAGCGUGGAGUCGCCGCGCGCCUAGUACAGCAAACAGCUCGACGAGCGAAGUCGAGCAGCCAAGCAGCCAAGCUGCAGAGGCACGCGCAGGUGCCGACGAGGAGGACUCCGGGUCAAUCGCGAGGACGAACGGAUGCAAAGGAUCGCGAUGGGAAGUGCCAGGAGCGAGGACCCUAAGCUGGGAGGUCGACAGGCAGGAGACGCGAGUCAAGACGACCGCGGUAAGUCUUCCUAUCCGUCAACCCUCCCCACCCUCGCCAGCGUCUCCGCCGCCGACCUCGUUCCUCGGUCUUCCCUCGGCCUUCGGAACCUCUUGUGCGGAUGGCUUGCAAGACGAACUUCGGGCUGUGCGAGACCACCGCACGCCCAGUAGUUGCUCCGAGCACCCGCCUUCGUUUGGCAUGCAAGCUUCCACGUCCGCGUCUCCGUCGCCGCCUUCGCGCCUUGGCGUGUCCACGACUCUUGGAGCCAAUAUCGCGGACGACCCUUCGGACGAGGGCUGGACCGUGCGGAACGUCCGCACGUCCAGUAUCCAUGUUUCAUCAUAUGAUCAUGCUUCGCGUCCGCCCUCAUCUUCCGAGAGCAGCGGUCGACCCCUUCGACCCUGCUCUCCACUCCCGUGGGCCGCACACACGUCCUCUCUCGACGUCGACUGUAUGUCCCUCAAUUGUGACCAUCACGUCCCAUUAAGCUCGACGGCGAGCUUGGAGGAUCCCUCUCGUCGUGCCUCUCCAUCCAUGCUUGACCUAUUCAAGCCAGUGUAUGAUCGAGACACGUGUACAGCCUCGUCUGCACAGUUCAGCUCAGCUGUCUCGCCUUCAUCCUCGCCGCGCGUUUCCUCGCCUGCAACUCCAUUGCCGCCUUUGUGCCUUGGCAUUUCCAGGACUCCCGGAACCGAUCUCGCAGAUGACCCUUCGGACGAGGGCCGGACUGCGCGGAACUGCUGCGCCUCCAGUGCUCACUAUCUGACCUCGUCAGCGCCCCAGCUCAACUCGCCCACGUCGACGCAUGAUUGCUGUGAGGAUGCAGACUCGUCGGUGCGAGCUGCGCUGACUCCUUCCCGCUUGUUGUGUGGCGACACCUCGCUCUCGUCCACCUUGCCCUCCUCGAAUUCAUCAUCUUCCGAGAGCAGUGGUUGACUUCUUCGACCCUGCUCUCCACUCUUGUGUUCCAUGCAUGUGCCUGCUCUCAAUGUAAACUCAAUGUCCCUUGAUCAUGACUGUUGUGUUCCACCAAGCUCGGUACCAUCUCUCUCGGCUUUCGACAAUGAGGAUGUGUGGAACGUCCGCACUCCUCGUAGUCCGC